CUCUGAACAGUGAACCUCAAACCGCUGAAGACAAAACCUUACUGACUGGAUUAUUACCUAACUAACACUUGCACUGGGAUUUUAUAUAGAAACCAAGCUGCCUUUAUCCACCACAACUGAAUUGUCAUGGCGUCAAGCGAACUUAGUCUUAUUCUCAACAACGCAAAUGCCAACCUGUACCCAUCUGAACCGCAGCCCAACUUGUUGAGCAUGACAGCGCCGAUGGGCAGACUCUCAGAGAUGACUUUCAGCAGUAACAACAACAGCACAAUGGGCCCCUGGGAACUGGUGAACCCACAGAUGUGGACCAGGCAGAACGUUCUGGAGUGGAUUGGCUUUCACGUGGAGGACAGCAGGUUCGAUGCCAGUCUGCUGAAUAUGAACUACUGCGACAUGGACGGGAUCACACUGUGCACAAUGUCAAAAGAAACUUUGAUGAGCAUGUUCGGAUCGAUGCUUGGUGAACGGCUUCACCACAGCCUGGAGACCCAAAAGGCCAGAUAUGCUACUGACCUGUCUGAGACAUGUCUGAGUGAAUCCGAAUUAGACUUACUGGACAACAUACUGCAGAACUCGUUUCCCUACAUGCAUGGACCGAGCCUCGGUCCACUUCUGGAAACGGUGGUGGUCCAGCCCUCAAUCCCAUCAGACAAUUCGGAGAACAACUACAGCUACUUUGAUGAGUACACCAACCAGCUGACUCCAGAGAGCGACCACGGCUACGACUCUCUAACUGAGAGCUUUCAGAGUUCCCACACUGGUAGCUUCCUGAACCCAAGCUCACCCGAGUCCAACAGCAGCGACUCCGACCCAGAAUACUCAGAGAUUAAUUACUCCACCAGCACUAAGAACUUUGUGAAACAAGAGUCCGGAGAGCCCAAAAAGAGAGGCAGAGGACGACCCCCAAAGUGCCAAAGUGAGGGAUUUGACCAUUUCAUUCAGUCCAAAAAAAGCAAACACGCUCCAAGAGGAACCCACCUGUGGGAGUUUAUCCGGGACAUCCUGAUCCACCCGGAGAAGAACCAAGGUCUGAUGAAAUGGGAGGACCGCAGGGAUGGUGUCUUCAAGUUCUUGAAGUCUGAAGCUGUUGCUCAGCUCUGGGGGCAGAAGAAGAAGAACAGCAGCAUGACGUACGAGAAGCUCAGUAGAGCCAUGAGGUAUUACUACAAACGAGAGAUUCUGGAGAGAGUGGAUGGACGGAGACUCGUCUAUAAGUUCGGGAAGAACUCCACCGGUUGGAGAAUGGAGGAGACCGGAUAUUGAAGUGGACCUGUCAGUCAAACCUAGAGACUUUGGACUCCUGCAAAUGAGGAACUUUAGGGUGCUCUGAAGAUCCUCUCUUUAGAAACAUGCUCUUCCCAGAGGGAAAAGGUUUCACAGAAACUGUAAGCCAGAGUUUUGGCUAAAGUAGGUUUUAUGAACCGGUAAAAGUUGUGCAUGUCUGGUUCGAGCGGCACGCGGGCGUGGCCUGGAUCAGAUAGUAUUGCUACAUCACAUAAAGACUCGAUGUAAACACUUGUUCUACACAGUGGUUGAACUGUUAGAGAAUGUAAAGCUUUGUUAAGGCUCUUUGGUAUUGGGAAAUUAAGUUUCAUGUGUAGGUAUAUUUGUCAAACCAUUUGUCAGAGCAGAUUAACGGAAGAACACGUCGGUGGUAUGAAGUGUCUGUAACGUUCAUAUCUGCUUUGCUGAUUGAUAUUUGUUCUACUGUAUAUAAAUGUAUGUAUAAACUAUAUAUUAUUUGUAAUACUUGUCAAUCGAGUCCAAAUCAGAUAUAUCAAUUUCUCAAUUUUUCUGUGAUUUGUCAAGUCACUGGAUAAUGUGUAUGAGGUUUGCCUCUCAGAUGUUAUAACUAUUAUGUAUGGCAUUUAUUUGCUAUUU